CGUGUCUCCAUCUACGUUCGUCACUUUGACAAAAUAUGCAAUCUGACUUUCAUAUUUCUAUUUUUUUUUUUCUUUAAAAUCCGGCAGAUUGUCUAAAUCAAGCCAGUUCUAGACAAGAAACGAGCCCUGAAAUAGGCGAAGGUGGGUUCCUUCACGAAAUUCAACAACAACAUAAAAGCUACAAGCAGCUUCAGCACCACACAAAAGCUAAAAGCAGGUGCUCACUUAGCCUGGUUCUGCCAUUUUCUUCUGCAUAAACUUAUUAUUAUCACAGAGGGAGGAGCGUUGGUGGUGAGCAAAGUUUCAUACUUUCCAUCUUCUCAUAACAUGUUUAAGAGGAUCACAUUCAUCUUGUUGGUUGGAUUGCUGGCGUGGGCAUAUCAGGCCGCCCGACCACCACCUCCGAACAUCUGUGGUUCGCCUGGCGGUCCACCCGUCACAGCGCCUAGAAUAAGGCUAAGGGAUGGAAGAUUUUUGGCCUACAAGGAACAUGGUGUUCCAAAACAAGUGGCCAAGUACAAGAUUAUCUUUGUUCAUCCCUUCUUUAGUUCCCGACAUGAUCCAAUCAUUGCAACAGCCGUCUCUCCGGACGUUAUUGAAGAUUUAGGUGUGUACAUUGUGUCUUUCGACAGACCAGGGUACGGUGAAAGUGAUCCGGAUCCUAAGCGGACAACGAAGAGCUUGGCGUUAGAUAUAGAGGAGCUUGGUGAUCAGCUGGAACUCGGAUCCAAAUUUUAUGUGAUUGGAUACUCAAUGGGAGGACAGGUCAUCUGGAAGUGUCUUCGGUACAUCCCUCAUAGGCUAGCUGGAGCAGCACUGAUCGCUCCGGCGAUCAACUACUGGUGGCCAGGACUUCCUGCCAACCUGUCAUCUUAUGCCUAUAAGAAGCAAGCUCCACAGGAUCAAUGGGCGCUUCGAGCUGCCCACUAUAUACCUUGGUUAACCUACUGGUGGAACACUCAGAAUUUCUUUCCUAAACACCGCGUUUUAUCCGGGAAAGUAGAGAAUAUGUUGUCCCGCCAAGAUUGGGAAAAUAUUAGGAAUGCAAAGGUUUCUGGAAGAGAAAAGCACAAGGAACAUGCCACGCAGCAAGGAGAAGCUGAGUCCAUCUUUCGCGACGUUAUAGUUGGAUAUGGGAGCUGGGAAUUUGAUCCUACGGAUCUGAAGAACCCUUUUGUCAACAACGAAGGCUCGGUCCAUCUAUGGCAGGGUGACGAUGAUAAGUUUGUCUCAGUUGAGGUGCAACGCUAUAUUGCCGAAAAGCUUCCAUGGAUUCACUACCAUGAGUUACCAGGUGGUGGACAUUUGUUGCCAGCUGCAGAUGGUAUGAGUGAAAUCAUUUUAAAGGCACUUCUAAUUAAAGAGUAGACCAUUGACGUCGUCGAUACAGGGCAGCUACAGAGAUGGUACAUUAUAUACAAAUUAUGUUCGAAGAGAAAUAUUUGUAAUGUUACAAUUCAAAUAGGGGAAAUAAUGAGAGUCGAUUCGAAAUUA